AUGUCUAGGCCUAAUCCAACUGGAAGUGAAUGCAGUCACACUAGAAUGAAUGGAUGUGUUAAUAUUCCACAAGAGUUGCCAGACUUUCUGCUGCAGUUCACCAAAGAUGCCAUCAGAGCUCAGCCAGAGGAUAUCCUUGAGUAUUCCACUGUGUGAGCUCAAAAAACUAUUUUAAAACACUUGAAGAAAAAUAUGCUUCUUUGGAUUCCAGCAUUUCACUGUAUGUACCAUAUUUAAUUGUAAACACACAGUGAGUGAAGUUUCAAAGCCCAUACUAUUUUUGUUUGUGCAGGUACUUCACAGCUAUGGAGAAAGGACAGUCAGUGAAUCCACAUCCUGAAACCAAAAUGGAACUGACAAAUUAGAUAUUGGGAAUUUUACAUUCCCAAAUAUAAUACUGUAUCUUAGGUCAUUUCUUGAUGUGUAAUUUGUGCACACUUGCAGUUAACAUUCAAAGCAACACAGAUUAGGCCUACUAACCUGGAAUUCCUUCAAAGGUGGACAUCCCUUCAAAUUAGUGGAUUCGGCUAUUUCAGCCACACCCGUUGCUGACAGGUGUAUAAAAUCGAGCACACAGCCAUGCAAUCUCCAUACAUAAACAUUGGCAGUAGAAUGGCCUUACUGAAGAGCUCAGUGUCUUUCAACGUGGUACCGCCCUGCUAGAGCUGCACAGUCAACUGUAAGUGCUGAUAUUGUGAAGUGGAAACGUCAUUGAGCAACAACGGCCCAACUGUGAAGUGGUAGGCCACACAAGCUCACAGAACGGGACUGCCGACUGCUGAAGCGUGUAGCGUGUAAAAAUCUGUCCUCAGGUGCAACACUCACUACCGAGUUCCAAACUGCCUCUGAGAUCACCAUGUGCGAUGCCAAGCGUUGGCUGGAGUAGUGUAAAGCUUGCCGCCAUUGGACUCUGGAGCAGUGGUAACGCGUUCUCUGGAGUGAUGAAUCACGCUUCACCAUCUGGCAGUCCGAUGGACAAAUCUGUGUUUGGUAGAUGCCAGGAGAACGCUACCUGCCUCAAUGCAUAGUGCCAACUGUAAAGUUUGGUGGAGGAGGAAUAAUGGUCUGGGGCCGUUUUUCAUGGUUCGGGCUAGGCCUCUUAGUUCCAGUGAAGGGAAAUCUUAAUGCUACAGCAUACAAUGACAUUCUAUACGAUUCUGUGUUUCCAACUUUAUGGCAACAGUUUGGGGAAGGCCCUUUCCUGUUUCAGCAUGACAAUUCCCCCGUGCACAAAGCGAGGUCCAUACAGAAAUGGUUUGUCGAGAUUGGUAUGGAAGAACUUGACUGGCCUGCACAGAGCCCUGAACUCAACCCCAUCGAACACCUUUGGGAUGAAUUGGAACGCCGACUGCGAACCAGGCCUAAUCGCCCAACAUCAGUGCCCGACCUCACUAAUGCUUUUGUGGCUGAAUGGAAGCAAGUCCCCGCAGCAAUGUUCCAACAUCUAGUGGAAAGCCUUCCCAGAAGAGUGGAGGCUGUUAUAGCAGCAAAUGGGGGACCAACUCCAUAUUAAUGCCCAUGAUUUUGGAAUGAGAUGUUCGAUGAGCAGGUGUCCACAUACCUUUGAUCAUGUAGUGUACCUCCCAGUUAUCUGAACGGGGGAGCAUUAGGAAGCUGGAGAUUGGGUAUAUGAUAUGGAAAAGUUUGUAUGUGCCAGAGGAUACCUUGAGCCACAUCCUUUCAAUGGGAAAGUUCGGUGACUAAAUUGAAUGGAAUAAAUUCCUUACUUCAUGUUGCAGUUAUCUUGGAAAGGUAAAUAUUAAUGCAUUCAAAAUGCUAAUUAUAUGUCAUUUCAUUGUAGAUCAUUUCUAUACAUAGACUAUAUACUGUAUCUCUCACAUGACCAAUAAAGUAUGUGUCCCUUGAGAAAGAGGUCUUUUGACUCCAAUGGGACUUCCUGGUUAAAUAAAGGUUGAUGCUUUAUUCACCCUCUUAUUCCAUAUCUUGACAGACCCUUAAAGCUGCCCUGAGUUACGCCUGCUACAUACUGAACUGCGAUCCCAACUGUAAGCCUCCAGAUGCA